UUUUGUUUGUUUUCAAAUUUGAGUUCUUGUAACUAAGGUAACGAAAAUGUCUGAAGAUUAAUUUCCGUUUUUAAAAAUGUCUCAAGCCGGACAUGGAAUUAUUGUGUACCUCAAAAGGAAUUAUAGCAUUUUCUGCAAACAGUAUUUGUCUGUCUUCAGUUGAAUAUUGUCGAACUUCAUUCAUUGGCAAUUUUCGUCAUGAAACAAUCAAGAAGAUCAGAUGCUUUACUACAAAAUCCCAUGAAUUUUGAACGUCUUGAAGACUUUUCAAGUUACACAUCAUGCAUAAAAUUUUUUGGAAAGCCUAUCAUUCCACCAUUGGUAACUGCAGAAAGAAGAGAUGAAAUUUAUACUCUCCGAGCAUCAGCAGUUAAAAAGGAAAUUGAAAUUUUGAAAAGAAGAGAAAGUUAUUCACAUCCUUCAAGAAAAGUAAAAGAAAUUUAUCAUAUGGUUGCGGAACACCUCGGAUCUAGCAGUAUUCCCAGUGACUUUGUACCAUAUUUUGGGAAUGCCCAACGUAAUGUUAGUGCCUUGCAUUCUUUUAAUGGAAAUGGGCUAAUAUCAAGUCCAUCAGCAGAUAUCAGAUCCUUUGAAAGUUCAAUGCACAUGUCCAUGACUAAAAUUCCGUCAAGUGAUAUUUGUAGUACGGUUCAUACAGGGGUGAUUGUUUGCCCUGAUGUUUACAAUAAGAAGCACGAAAAUACUAGAAGCAUUGAUGUGAAGUCAUUUUCACGUCCUGUUCCUCCAAAUGAAUUCUGUUUCCAUAUGGCAAACCCAGAAUGCUCUUUGUGCCAAACUGAACAUCCUCGUGGACCAUUUCCUCUAGCAGGGGUGCCUUAUAUAAAUUCUCCAGCUGAACGAAUCUGCAGUGUUUCUGAUGAGGAACAGACUUCUGUUGCUGAAGAAACUGAGUUUGAAUCACUUGUUACUGUUAUUUCUGGUAAGAAAAUCAAUACCCAAGAUACUGAUAAUGAAAGCACCUUCACUUGUUUAACACAAAGCACAGAUCUUGAAAAGUAUAUGGACUAUUCUAUUGAAUAUUCCAGCACAGAUGAUGGAGCUUCCUUAAGUAAAUCUCAGAUUUCCAAUCAACUAAAUAUAUCCUCGAGAUCUGAUGAUGCGAGCUCUGAAACUCUUGUUAAUACUGAAAGUGAGUUGACACCUUGUGCUUCUGCUUUACCAGAACUGAAUGGUUAUACCAAUGAAUAUAAUUCUGUAAAUUUUGAUACUAAAAGAGAAGUUUCUUCCUUAACAACAUCAGCUUCACCCGAUCUUCAACAAAGAGCUCAUUCUGUUGACAGUUAUAUGAAAAUAAUUAAAACGUGUGCCAGAAAGUUAUAUAUGAAAAAAUCUCAGAGUGAACCUUCUCACUCUGAUAUGUCCAACUUGAGCAAUAAUUUUUUGCCAUUGACAAGUUCCUGUGAGGAAGAUAAUAGUAAACCUGCCAAUUUGAAGAUGGAAGUUUGUGAUGCUCUGAAUACGUCCAAGAAUUCAGUACAUCUUCAGAUUACUGACACUGAGUUAUCCUGUGAUAAUAUUGGUGAUUCUCCCACUGAGGAAAAGAAGACAUUUAAGAAAGGACAUAUAAGAACUAAUUCGUACACUCUUGAAGAACCUUCAUCUGCUUUGAUAAUGGCUCAUGCUGAUUGUAACUGCAAAGAUGAUUCUGAAACAGUAAUGUCUCCCCAUUCUUGUUCUAGUGAAAAAGUGAUUCUACAAACUCAAAAUCCUGCUUUUAAAAAGGAGAAAAUUAAUAUUGUACUACCUCCAACACCAGACAGAGAUAAAUAUUUCCCUAUUUUGAGUUCUGCAUCUUGUUAUCAAUAUGAAGCUAAAUUAGAGACACUUACAUUAGAUACAACAGAAUCAGAAGCUCUUCCUGAAGAUAGUAGUCUUUCAAAUAUAACAAAUUUAGAAGAUAGUGAUAAGAAAGAAGAGGAGGCAUCUAAAUCGAAUGUAACAGAAUCUGAAAGUACUAUGGAUGAUAUUUCUUCACAGUCUAAUACAGCUGCUGUUGAUGAUGAAGAAGUAAAUCUGGAACAAGUGGAAAUUUUGCUUGAAGAAGAAAAGAAAGAUACCAUUUCUGAAAUUGGAAUGAAAGCAGCAGAGCCAGAGCCCAAUGAACAAAAUAUUGUAAUAUCUUCUACUAGUCAAAGCAAAUUAAAGGGAGAUGAUUUACAGGCUUAUUUGAAUGAAAUAAUUCUUGAGAUUCAAGAGAAACAACAAUCACGAGUGCAAAAACUUCUUGAAGAACAAAAUAAACAGUGGUUGCAACUCCAAGAAGAGUUUAAAGAACAAGAGAAAUUAUUAUGUGUAAGACUCAAUCUAGUUGGCAUUCCCUCAACAAGUGAUAACGUUUUGGAAAACAAGCCUCCGUCCUCAAGCGGUGAUAAAAGUAAUCAGAAUUUAGUUGAGUCAAUGCCAUCUGAUUUUCAGUUGUGUCCAGACUUGAAGAGCUUGUAUAAUUCAAAUAUCAUAAAUAUCGAUGAUAAAGAAAACCUUACAACAACAGAAAAUUAUUCAAAUACAUCUAAAAUAAAUUUACCAACAGAUUCCGAAAAUAAGAUCAGUGAUGAAGGGAAAGCUUUUGUGAAUGAGAAUUUAUUCAAUACUUUUACACAACAUUCUAACAUAUCUGGAGAUUCAGUUGCCCCUUCUGAUAAAAAUAUAACUAAUACCUUGAAGUCAUCUGUUUCUGCAGAUAAUAGUAAUUUUAGUUUUAGUUUCACUAAUGAUUCUUUAGAGAGAUCCCAUACUGUUCAUUCUACCAUAUCCUCAAGAUCUGCUAGCAGCUUGGAACAUCAUAAGCCUCAGUCAUUUAAUGAUUCUGCUGGCAGAUGUAGCAGUGCACAGUCUGGAAACUUUGCAACUUCAAUACCAUGUAGUCAUAGUCAUUCUAAAAUGAAUAAUAUAUCUUCUAGAGGUGUGCAUCCUGUCAGUUAUGGACCUACAAUUAGUACUUCUAGUUACUCCCUUUCCAACAGUGCAUCUGAAAACAUACAGGAGCCUACUUAUAAAAAACCUGCAAGCUUAAAGCUUAAAUCAGGUUAUGAUACUGAUGGUUUUUUAAAGGACAGAGUUUGUGAUACUACAAGCAAAUGGCUUGGGGGAGCUUAUCCUUCUAUAGCAAUAUCAUCUAGUUCUCAUUUAGCAGCUUAUUCUUGUUCGCAUUCAGAGAUGCAAUUGUUGACUGACCAAAAUAAUCAAACAAAUGUUUUUAAAACUCCAAAUUCUCAGAGAAAACAACAAACUGAGAAGAUUAUUCCUCCAACAUAUCAUCCAUCUUUGCAUUGUGAUAACAUGGCAUUGAAUGAAAUGGGAAAAUAUUCUCAAAACUUAUCUGCAUGUCAACAUGUCAGUAGUGGGGAAAAUUUUGGAGAAUUAUCUGUUUUUACUAGUUUAGGCAACUGUACAUCAAUGGCUUUACCAAUAAUCUGCAAUUCAAUAGAGGAUAGAUAUUUUGAAAAACAUUUUACUUGUAGUCAAGAUGAUGCAUUUAAAGAGCCUGCAACAAACUUAGAAAACUCUCAUUUUGAUGGUGCUAUUCAUUUUAAUUCUAAUAAACAAUAUGAAAGAGAAACAAAUGCAUCAGCAUGGCAACAGUGGCAUCAUGGACAAAAUGAUUUCUCUGUAAGUGCCACUCUAAAGAAUAAAAGUUCAGAUCUUGAUCAAAUGAAUCAUAUGAAUUCUACAAUUUUGGAUUCCAAUGCACAUUCCCAUACCAGUAUGUCAAGAAAAGUUUUUUCCAAACAUCCCUUAAGCAUACCAGUAAAAAGCCAAAGUGAUUCUUCUAUCAGCCAAAAUCUUCAUAAAAUGCCUCCUACAAAUGCAGUUCCUACUACUCAAGCAAAAGUCGAGAAACAAAUUAUUUCUUCCUCUUUGACCAAUUUGAAGAGAAAACAUAGCAAAGACUUUAUUAGAGACCCAAUUCUUCUCAGAAAAUUUGAAAAACUCCCAGCUUUUGUAAAAGGGUAUCUAACAAGAAGGCUUUUCAAGACUGAACGAGUACAAGGAUUGAUAAAAACUUUACAAGAUACAGCUCUCCUUAUUGGGAAGUUAGGCGAAGAAUUAACUCUGAAAGGGGAUGCUGUUUCUGAGCAUGAUGUAGACUUCCAUAGACAGCUCAUAGUGCAGUUGAUGACAACAUUUCACAGUAUUUAUGAUAUUUUCUGCACCAUAAGUAUUAAAGAAAGAAUGAAGAUUAUUUCUGAAUCUCGCAGCUUAGAACAAAAGAAGAAAGCUGCUGAAAAGUCUAAAGAUUCUCCAGUUCCUGUUGUCACUGAAAAAACUGCUGCAGCUGCCCAUCCAAGAAGGUCUAAACUCUCUGCUGCAACAAUUAAAGCUUUAGAAAGAAAAAAGAGAUCAUCUAUUGACAACAGAACAUACACAGUUGAGGAUUUGAAAGGCUGUAGAGUAAGAAUUCAUUCUUCUACCUCAUCCAAGUCUCAUUCCUCUUCACCUUCUCGUAUAUAUAAAUCUUCUGUUGGAUUAGCGCUCAAACGAAAGACUACUAAUGUUCGGAAGACACAACAUUGGAAAUAAAGAGAUAAGAGUGCCUUUAUUUGAAGAAUAUUUUGAAGGUUGAAGAUUGGUUUACUGAUUAACUAUUUUGUUAUGAGUGUGUUUAAUGUUAACAAAUUGGAUUCUGAAUUUCAUUUUUUAUA